CGGGGGUCCGAGCGGUGCCCGCUCGGCGGCGCAUGCGCCGUGAGGAGAGGGAGAUCUCUCGCGAGGAAGGACGCCAUUAUCGCAGCCGCUCGACAAACACCACGAGAAUUCGGCACCGCACACGGAUUGCAUGACUUGCAAAAUUACCUCUGUGUGGACCUGCAGUGGUAUUUGACUGGAUAUUGCUGCCUGGUUCUGAAUGAUGUCAGAACAGGAUUUGGCAGAUGUUGUGCAGAUUGCUGUUGAAGACCUAACUCCAGAUAACCCAGUUGUGCUGGAGAAUCAUGAAGUGACAGAUGAUGAUGUAGAACCUGCUCUGAAACGCCAGCGUAUAGAAAUUAACUGCCAGGAUCCCUCUAUUAAGUCGUUCCUGUAUUCCAUUAAUCAGACAAUAUGCCUUCGGUUGGAUAGCAUUGAGGCAAAGUUGCUGGCACUAGAGGCUACCUGUAAAUCAUUGGAAGAGAAGCUGGAUCUUGUAAUGAACAAACAACACAGCCCCAUCCAAGUCCCCAUGGUGGCAGGUUCUCCUCUUGGCGCUACACAGACAUGCAAUAAAGUACGAUGUGUUGUCCCUCAGACAACAGUAAUACUGAACAAUGACCGGCAGAAUUCAAUUGUAGCCAAGAUGGUUGGGCAGGAAGAGCCCCUGAGCAGAGCAGCGGAUUCUCUGGAAAAUAUCCUUAGCAACGCUGUUCCUGGACGUAGGCAGAACACCAUAGUGGUGAAAGUUCCUGGGCAUGACGACAGUCACAAUGAAGAUGGAGAGAGUGGCUCUGAGGCCAGUGAUUCAGUUUCCAACAGCGGACAAAUAGGAAGCCAAAGUAUUGGAAACAACGUCACCCUUAUUACGCUGAACUCUGAAGAGGAUUACCCCAAUGGAACAUGGCUUGGAGAUGAAAAUAACCCUGAGAUGCGGGUGCGUUGCCCCAUCACGCCUGCUGACAUGCUGCACAUCAGCACGAACUGCCGUACAGCCGAGAAGAUGGCGUUGACUUUGCUCGAUUAUCUCUUCCAUCGGGAAAUUCAGGCCAUUUCCAACCUCUCAGGCCAGGGGAAGCAUGGGAAGAAGCAACUUGAUCCUCUCAUGAUUUAUGGAAUUCGCUGUCACCUGUUUUACAAAUUUGGGAUCACAGAAUCUGACUGGUACAGAAUCAAGCAAAGCAUAGACUCCAAAUGCCGAACAGCUUGGAGGCGGAAACAGCGGGGGCAGAGCCUUGCUGUGAAAAGCUUUUCAAGGCGAACACCUUCAUCAUCAUCUUACAGUGGUUCAGAGGGUUCGCAGAGUUCAGUUUCAGCUUCUAAUGAGAUCCAGCAGAACCAACCACAAGCGCUACACUAUGCACUAGCCAACGCUCAGCAGGUUCAGAUCCACCAAAUAGGAGAAGAUGGACAAGUCCAAGUAAUCCCACAGGGCCAUCUCCACAUAGCCCAGGUUCCCCAAGGCGAGCAAGUCCAAAUCACGCAGGACAGUGAGGGAAACCUGCAGAUACAUCAAGUUCAUGUAGGUCAAGAUGGGCAGGUGUUGCAGGGUGCUCAGCUGAUAGCUGUUGCUUCUGCUGAGCCUGCCUCAGGAGGUGUUGAUGGGUCCCCACUCCAAGGGAGUGAUAUCCAAGUCCAGUAUGUGCAGCUGACACCAGUGACAGACCACUCUGCAACUAAUCAAGGCAAUGAUACCCUUCAAUCAGCAAUCCAGCCAGAAAUGCAGAUAGAACAUGGAGCAAUCCAAAUCCAAUAAGAGAACUGUGAAAAGCUGCAUUAACUUUUGAGAUGUGGGUGAUCCACAGCCAGAAGUUAAGUGCUGUCAUCUUCAUGCAACAACAGGAGAAUGGAAAUGCCCUUUAGACUAAUGGUCACACCCCGAAUAUGUCCUGCGAAUUGCAGAGUUCUGAUGAUGUGAUUGUCCUCACCUGGAAUAAAUGAGACCCAUUUACUUAAAUUGGAGCUACAUCACUGCAUCAGUUGAGAAUCUGGCCUUCAGAAAAAAUUAAUGGCCUGCGUUUAGGUGCACUUAAAGAGGAGGAAAAAUCUUUUAGAAGAAAGAAAUCUAAUGAAUCAAAACUGUGAGACUAAAUCAAUGUUUCAUCCUGUUAAUUUCUUCUGUGAAAUACGCCAUUUGAAUGUCUGCAGAUAUCUUUAGUGUAUUGCUGCCUUGCAAUACUUGCUUUACCACAUAUAGAAGAUCAAGAGCUCAAAUAUUUUUCACUGUUUAAACAGCUUUUUUUAUUUGCUAUGGUGUUUAUAACAAAAAUGGAAAAUAUUUAAAAAAAAGAAAAAUUCCAUAACGGCAAGUAUUAGCCUUUUGCUGGUGUUUUCUGUUCAGUGUAAUGAAAACUGUAUUUGCAGAGGACUAACAAUUUUGUUUGUACUGUUGCUUAACUACUUUUCUAGGGGAAAAGGCUUUAAAAUGCUGUAAUUAUGCAUUUUUAAUGAGAAAUAAAUGUGUAUUUAUGAAUAGUGCAGCUCUAAGUUGCUCUCUGCCUUAGGAAUGAAUAUGGUUUGACUGGACUAUGCUGUAAGAGUUUAGCUCUGGAGUGUUUGGAGAUAGAUACUAUCUGGCAAGCUUUGCUGUCAAACUGAGAAGUAAGAUUUAAGUGUAUAAGGAAGAUACCUAUCUUAGAUCAUGUUACUAUCUAAAAAUGUGAUAGUUAAGCUUUUGAGUCUGCAAAUCCUAUUUUAUACAAUGAAUUUAUGAUUUUUAUUUUUUUUUUCAAUGUGACCAAUUCUGAGCUAUCCAUUUUUGUUCCUUCUGCCUCCUUUGCCCAGCCAUUUGUGGCAAUACCUCAGUUUGGGAUUAAUCCAUGAAAAGCUGGGCUGCAACAGUCUGAUACCUGUCACUGAAACUUAUAGGAAACUUGAUAUCAGCUUGAAGAAAGCGACGUUUGUUCUCAUAUUUGCUAAGCUUGAGUGGGAAGGGUGCACAUUUGCUAGAACUUGAUUAUGUUAAUGGUGUGCUUUAGGAAAAUGCAGUUUACAGGGGGAGGUGUUGCUUUGUAUUUAGUUUUUCCAGCAGACUUGCUGUGUGGUUAUUGUCAAUAUAUGGCUCAUAAUGCAUUUAAUAUAUUAAUCAGCAGGGCACAGCCUCAAAUUCUACAUCACUAAAUUCAAAUACCGUUUACUUAUUUUUUUAUAAAAGGAAGGGUUAAACACACUCAAUUUUGGGGAAUGUCCCUGGUAAAUAUUACGCUUUAUGCAAAUUCCUACUUCUCUUUAGGAUAUUUCUUGACGCACAAAUACAAUGCCAACUGAACCACAGCUUAUUGAAUACAAUGUUUGCAGCAGGCCAAGAAUUUGGCUUCUCUUCACUUUCUUUUUUUAAUAGUGGUUCUCAGACUGUGUGAUGUUUGAAGAGCCUGGCAUCCAAAUCAAAGCCUAAAAAUAAAACAAGGCCUGUACAUUUUAGCAUGGCUGCUUAAUAAUAAUAAUUUAUCACUUAGAAAUGACAGUGAGAAAGCUGGGAUGGCAAUGCUGCCACUGCAAAGCACUCUCUUGCUCUAUUCAUGUUUGCCAUAUUGGCUUUCUUGUCUUUUUCAGAAAGCUAUACUCUUACUCAUCUUUCCUUGGGCAUCCUGAGCAUCUUCUGCUUUCAAGGGGAUCACACGUCUUUAAACUAUAAGGAAUCUAUCUUUGGUUUAUGGUGCACCUAAGAAUUCCUUGCAUUUUUCAGCUCAGGUACAAGCUGAAUUUGAGUUCAGGAAAGGCUUCCUUUAGCCACCAGACUGAUGCAUGUGCAAGUCUCUUCUGCUAAAAGUGAUUGUAAAGGCAUAUCAAGCCGUGAAGUAGUAUUCACUAGAUUUCAAGACAAUGAAAUCCACUUCAACAGUGUGGAAUGGGGAUUGUACAAAUCAAUUAAAAUAGGUAAGGAGAGCAGCAUAGUGAGGUCUGCUGCAUUCAGAUGUUAAGACUGCAUGUCCCUCAAGAUGUGUUUCUUAGUGUUUUGCCAGUGUUUACAUUAGUCUAAGCUGUGUCACACUAUGUUUAUACUUCAAAGAAAAGAGACUUCAACACUGAGCCAGGUUAUUCCUAUGACUAAUUCCCAUCCCUCUUCCCUUUUUGGAGGAUUUAUGUACUUGCCCAGGGAGGAAAUGUCUUCAGGAAUGUUUUAUGUGUUUUCUAGACAUCACAGGGUGUGUCACUUACAAAUAAGUCAUUCCCAAGCAGAGUAAUUCAGGAAUUAUUUCCCUUCUAGGAAAUGCUUGUGACUGUGAAAAGGCUGUGAGGUUCUGUGCCAAGUGUGAAGAGUAUGUUCACACAGAGAUUUAUCGUAACAAUAAUAUAUCAACAUAACAAUAGGAAAUCCUAAAAGUAAUUAUGACUCAAAGACUGAAAAUCUUGCACAGGUACUGAGGGCUUUGCCUGGCUCUCUGCUCAGAGAGGUUGGUGGUGUUUCACCAUGGAUGCAGUUCUGCCUUUGAAGACUGACUGUGUUCAGUAGGUCAGCUAGAACUGCAUUCUCAUUAUGUCUCCUUCUGUUAUUCACAACCUCUGACUUUCCAAUAGGAAGUUUAUUUUUUCCCUUAGCAAAACCUCUGACAUCCUUGUUUUUAACAGUUCUCUUUCUCCUCAUGCUGCUUUUGUCCAAGAGGCAGAGAUUGAGAACAUAUGACCAAGAGUCUUCAGAGGGAACGUUUCUCGUAAGGUUAGGCUAGGAUCAGCUGCAUAUUUUAUUUGUAAUUCAUCUUGUGAACUGCAGAAUACUGUUUUCAUGGGUUUGAUUUUGUUUUGUGUAGUAAUGUUUAGGCAUGUGAGCUUCAGGGGAGGAGACCCUCUGCUUACCCUGAUUGUCUCCCUUGGUUAUUUUUGAUAUUAAGGUCAUUAUAGCCAGGACCUCAACAUUUAUUUUGAUGCUGUACUAAAAUUCUUGAGAGGUUGCUAUGGCUGUGCAGUCACUACAAUACCAUAAGAAUGACUUUUCAGAUCAAUUAAUCUUGAAUCCCACCUGAAAGAGCAUCCAUCUCGUGAAUUCUUAAGGGCUUCUAUGGUCCUGAUGCAAAAACUAAUAAAAAUAUGGUUUGAUGGAUUGUACAGCUAGAAAUUGGUCUAAAAAUGUGAAGGAUCUGGGUUCUUUUCUGUUUUUCUUUCAUUCCUUGUUAGUUUUACAUAUUUUGUCUUGCAAAACAACCCUAUAAAACUGAGCACCCUUCUGUGACCCAAAUAGACUGGAAUGCCUUCAUUAGCUGCAUUUUUAGGCAUUUCAGUAUUGACAGUUUGCCUAUAAAGCAAGGAAUGCUGACCAAAAUGUUGCUCUAGUGCUAGUCUCCUUCGUGGAGAUCCUGGCAUGCAAUUGGGUACGUUCUGGUAGCCCUGUACUUUGUUAUCGACUUCACACAACUGCUAUGGAGUUUCAUGUUAGAAAACACAGUGAGAAAACCAAUAUAAAGAAAAAAAAAGAAACCAACCCAAAAUCACUGGAGAAUCUCACUCUGCACAAACUUCUGUUGGCAAUCAGUAUUCCUUCUGAAUUCCUAAUAAUCUAAGUACUGAAAAUUUAGAGCUGUAACUAUAUAAUUCAACAAAAACUGUUUCCCAUUAUCAGAAAUAAGAAUGUUUCUUUCAUUCACUGCAAUCCCAAAGCACUUCUAUAAGCUCUGCUGAUUUAGAUGAGUACUCAACAGUCAAACCUCAUUUCCUUGAAUGAAGCCGGGAAUAAGAAAGUCAUUCAGUUAGAGAGUGGUGUUUGGGGUAAACUGAGAUUGCUUUUUUAACGCAGUGGUACAAGUGGACAUGCUUCAUUUUUCUGCUAAAUGAGGUUUGACAUAUGCAGAGGUUGUUUUAUACCCCACAAAAACAGGAGUAAGAAGCCACAGAGCACAUGAACGCAAGAGGAGUUGUGCAGAGCUGAAGUCAGAGCUGGUGUGUGUGGGAUACAAUUGCCCACAUGCAGUGUGGCUGGGGCAAAGCGUUAACACUCCUCUUCUUUCAAAAGGUGCCAGGGGGUUUAUAAUCAAGCUUUGUUCUUUAGCAGGAUAAAUUGGAUGGAACUGGAUGAAAACCUAUUUUUCCGCAUCUACAACUUCACAUGCGACGUUUAAUUCAAGAGCGAAACUCUCCUUUGUUUGCCUCGUUUUAAACUUAAGUGAAUUCUCAUGUUUGUUUCCUAUUCAUGUUUUCUAAAUUCACAUAUUGCAAAGGAAAAAUGUCCUUUAAUAAAAAUUUUA